GCGUACUUCAGUGCAGAUCAUCACGAUGAAGCUUUUGGUUCUAGCUACAUUGUUCCAGCUAGCGCUGCUCCAGACAAACUUCCGCCCAGUUGUGGCAUCAUCUUUUAAAGAAUGUGAUGGUCAGCGGUACUACACCACGUGCGGAGCUGGUGCCAUGUGCCAGUUUGUCCAAAUAUGUUUGGGAAAUAUGCAAGAGUACAAAUUCUGCCCUAUGGUGGACUUCACCAAACCCUACUGCAAUCGGGGUGAAUGUUCGGAAACUCCUGAAACCUUUGACGAGGAAUGUAAUCUACCUGUACUUAUGUGCACCGGAGAGGGAAUCUUUCCAGACCCGUCUAUCUGUUCGAUGUACCACAACUGCACCGCUGUUGGCACUAUGUCGAGCGUUGUCCAGUGCCCCAUGGGUGAAGUAUUCGAUCCGGAUGCAUCGGCCUGUAAGCUGCCAGCUGUGCCGGAAGAUUGCAUGAAGAUCAAGUGUGACGUCAACGAACUGUUUUCCCGCUACGGAACCAGCAAGAGCUUCUACGGAUACUGUGAAAUGAAUGCAGGCCUUUUGUCAACUACUUACAUCAGAAUUUUCAAGUGUCCUGAUGGAACCACCUUCAACGGAAAAGGCUGCUCGUACGGAUGUCCCGAAGUGGGUCGUUUUGGAGAUAGUAGCGAUCCUAGUGUGUACUACGAGUGCUACGAGCAGGGGGUCGAUGCGAUUCGAAAUACUUGUCCUGUCGGGAAGGUGUUUGAUACGGCUAGAAAGGCUUGUAGAACGCUGAUUGCAUAAGGUGUACUGGAGGUGUUUUUAUAAUAUGUUGAACGAAUCUUACAUAAUAAAAUCUGCUUACUUAUUUGUUUA